GGCGGGGUAGCUCUGCCCCGAGCCGCCUGCUGGGAUCAAAGGGUCCAAAAGUUGACAACACAAGCCUGGGCAUGUACGCGUUACUCACCGAAACUUCUUCUCCGAUUGUUUUCCCAGGCCAACUUGACUUUACUUCUGUCAACUGCUAGGAAAGAAAGCAAGACUCUGAGUCGCCCAGUAUUUGCGCCAGCCCGUCCUGUGUACAGUCGCCUGACAACAGUUCCCUCUGGCCGUUCCAUUUGACCAGCUAGAUUCCAGGGCAGUAUCAAACAAAAAUAGUUUUGUCCCCGGCGCCUCACAGCAACCAUGGCGACAUCCUUCCCCAUAAUCGACUCACACAUCCACCUGUACCCAGAGGCAGAGCUCGACACUCUGUCCUGGUACACGCCCGAGAACCCGCUGGGCAAGCAGCACUCGGUGGAGGACUACAAGGCGGCGACCGGCGGCGCGGCAAAGGGCUUCAUCUUCCUCGAGACCGACCGCAAGCAUGACCUCGCCUCCGGUGCUGACGAGGCUGGCGGCAGCAAGGGCUGGGAGCACCCGCUCGCCGAGAUCGACUGGCUGAAGCGCAUCGUGACGGGCAACCCCCGCGAAGGGCAGGGCCACACCAAGGAGGACUCCGAGCUGUGCGUCGCGUACAUCCCCUGGGCGCCGAUGCCGAGCGGCGCGGCCGUGCUCGAAAAGUACAUUGCCAAGGCGCAGGAGGUCGCGGGCGAGAGCUGGAGCAAAGUGCGCGGGUUCCGGUACUUGCUGCAGGACAAGCCGAAUGGGACCUGCUUGACCGACGAGUUCAUUGAGAGCUUGAAGCUGCUGGGCCGCAAGAAGCUCGUGUUCGAUCUGGGCAUCGACCAGCACCGUCGUGGCAGGGUGCAGCUCGAGGAGGCGGUUGAGAUGAUUGAUCGUGCUCACGAGGGUGUGCCUGAGGAGGACAAGGUUGUUUUCAUCCUUAACCACAUGUGCAAGCCCGACCUCGGCGUGUACAACACCAUGUCCUCGCCGUCUUUCCUCGCCUGGCGCACAGCUAUGUUUACCCUCGGCAAGUGCGAGCAGACAUACAUGAAGAUCUCGGGCGGCUUCUCCGAGAUGCCAGACUCUCUCAAGGAGCGUCCCGCCGAGGACAUCUUCGAGGCCCUGAUGCCAUGGCUUUCCGUCAUCCUGGCGGCGUUCGGCAGCGACAGAAUCAUGUUUGGCAGCGACUGGCCCGUCUGCACCGUGGGUGUUGGCGCGUCCGAGGCGUGGGCAAAGUGGCAGAAGGUUGUUGCGAGGCUGUGCUGGAUGGCCACGCUCGAUGAUGAGGCACAGCGGAACAUUUGGGGCGCUACGGCGUUGAAGGCGUACGGAAUCGAGUCAAAAUGAGUGCAGAAUGGCGAGCGUGGGCGCACCAUACGGUCGUGUAGGGGCACACUGGCACACCACUCAAUGUGUCCGGCGUGACGAAUGACCUGAAGAUAGGGAACGCGUAUUCAAUGAUACCAUUGUCGGAUUGGGGAAGAUUCUACACCACAGAUCCUGGCUUUAUUAUGGCUCAGGGUUACGCUACAAUAUGCGACGCUGUAGGGCGGAGUGUUGGUGCCAUAUCUCAAUGUGACGAUUCACAGGUAUUUCCAAGAGCAGU